AUGAAGGUUCCGGAUAAACGGAAGUUGAAGAAAGUGGUUGAAAAAGGGUGGGAAGCUGGUGUUGAGAUUUGGAGGGGCGAGAAUGGGAAGAGUACAGGAGAGGAGAUUUGCGAGUGGGUAGACAUAGGUGAGGAAUGGGAUGUGCUUGCUAUAAUGAAGAAGUAG